AUGAAGUUUGAUGUGCAAAAGUAUUUUGAAAUAUCAACAAUUCACGGGCUAGCUUAUCUUUCAAAGAGAUUUCACAUUGCUCAGAGAAUUUUCUGGAUCAUUGCCUUAAUUUUAUCAGUCAUUUACACGUCGUUUCUAAUCGUACAGCUUGUCAUUAAAGUUAUGAAAUUUCCAAUCGUCUCUUAUUUGUCAGAUCAGUCAAUUCCAGUGUCAGAGAUAAACUUCCCGGCUGUGACUGUUUGUCCUCAAUGGAACCUGUUCCGUAUUCCAGACAGCGCAUACAGUUUCCGGCAAAAGCAUUAUAGCUACGAAAAGCACACAUUGAGACAACUUUACUACGAGCAUGAGGAAGAAGAGCAGGAAUUUGAGGAUGAAAUGAAAUUCGGAAAUAUUAGCUAUGCUGAAUUUUUGGACAGAAUCGAGAAUGGAAGUAUAAAACCUGAGCAAUUGGGAAUCAAAAUUUUAAAGCGCCUUCAAGUCGUCGACAUCCUCAAAGAUCGCAACAUUUUUAACAAACUUAAUUUUUCAAUUCCAACUGACGAUUUUUUUGAGGUUAUGAAUGUUUUUCAAAAAGAAUUCUUUCCUAACUCUGCGAAUAUUGCCUUCCUUUGGAUCGGUGAAUUUAAGGACUUUGUAUCUGAGAUUGUCACACAAUGGGGCUUGUGCUUCACAUACAAUAUUGGAUUUCAUCGAGAUGUCCUUCAUAUCAACUCAACAUCCGAGGAUUUUCACUACCAAAAUGCUAGAAAAGUUGAAAUUCCAGUCGACUAUCAAAAACGAUAUAAACAUGAACAUGAACCUCAAAAUUUACCACAAAAAAUAUCAACAUCAAAAGCUGGAUUGUGGGUUGGAUUUAAUCUUAAAUGGUUUGAAAUUGAAAAAGUAUUGAACAAUACAUUCGGAAGUUACACUUUGUUGCUUCAUGAUCCACUCGAACUGCCUUCAGCAAACUCUAAAAUUGUACAUCUUAAUUUAAAGUUUCAAACAACCAUUUUGAGUAAUCCACAAAUGAAUACGAUUGAUAAGUCACUAGCUGGAUAUGAACCUGCUGAACGCAACUGCUACUUGGAAAACGAGAAAGUCCUGAAAUUCUUCAAAGUCUACACGAAAAACAACUGCGAGAAUGAAUGUCUGACUGAUUUCAUUCUCAGUCGUUGUGGCUGCGUUGAAUUCUUCAUGAUUCGAAAUUCUUCAACUCGAAUUUGUUCGGCAAAUGAGCGACAUUGCUACAAGAAAGCUGCUGAUGAUUUUGAAGAACAGAAAAGAUCUUGUAAUUGUUACAAGCCUUGUAAUCACAUUGAAUAUGGCUAUGAGCAACAAGAGUAUGGAAACAUCGACACAAAUGUGUUAUUUCCAUACAUGAACAUCGGAUUUCGUCUUCAAUACAAAGAGAAUGUCUUUAACCAGCUAAUCCGUAAGAAACAGUUUAACGAACUAGACUUUCUGUCUUAUGUUGGUGGAAUUUUGGGACUUUUUGCUGGAUUUUCAGCACUUUCGAUGGUUGAGCUGAUUUAUUGGUUCUCUUUUCGAGUUUUCGUUGGAAAUAGGUCAGAUAUCCCAUUUCCAGCCAUAACAGUUGUUCCACAGUUCACAAUUCCUUAUGAACUUAGCAGUGAUAUUUCUGACAUCAUUUAUGAAGGUCCAUCAUAUUUUGAUGAUUUAUAUAAUGACACAACAGAAGUGGAUGAAAGGAAGAUUAUGACUAAAUACUACUUUUGUGAGGAUUUAUACAACGCAUAUUAUUUUAAAUUUAACUUUAGCUUCGUUCCUUACGUCAUUCCUGUUCUGAGGGAAAACACGCAACUUGCUUUGUUCCGCGACCAAUUUUCAUCAUUUAAUGGCAAAUAUCAGCCAGAAUUUGCGGAAAUUCGAACAUCCAGAGGCAUGGGAUUCACAUUUAACAUGAUUGAUGCUGAUGAGAUGUUCAACUUUGAUCACUCAGACUUCAAUUACACAAGAAACAUCACGACAAGAUCUAGAAAUUCAAUGAAGCUUCUCAACUAUCCACUAAGCUUCAAUAAAAAUGUCCAAACAAUAUUCUCAAUCACUCUAAAAGAUCCUCAAAGCUUUCUCCACGAUUGCAUUAAACAAUCUUUUGUCUUACAUCAAUCUGAUGAGUCGCCAACAUUCAAUUCAAGAAAAGAUUUUGUUGCUUUUGACAAUGGAAUGAUCAUUGGUAUAACAGUAACUCCAGAAAUCAUUAAAACUGAUAGAAAUCUGAUACAUUUAAAGCCAGCAGAAAGAGGAUGUUAUUUUGAUGACGAAAAAUCAUUGAAAUUCUUUAAAAAAUAUUCACAAAACAACUGCGAAAUUGAAUGCUUUGCAAAUAUAACAAUGGACACAUGCGGAUGCGUUGACUUUGAUCAGCCAUUCAGCAAUCCAAAUGAAUUGUGUCUAAAUAUAUCCAGAAUGGAUUCAACUUGUACCAGCAAGUUGAAAACAGAUAUUUAUGCAUCCCUUGACUUUUCGCCCGAAUCAAGCUGCUCAUGCCUGCCAUUGUGCAACUCAAUCAGCUACAACAUCAAAUAUUAUACAAAGCAUGAGUCAGGUGGGAAUGAGACAACAAUAAAUGUGAGAAUGAACAUGGACGACAUCGUUUUAUUCCGAAGAUAUCAGCAAUUUACAUUCUCGGAUGUUGUUUCUUAUGUCGGUGGACUUUUGGGACUUUUUGCUGGCAUUUCAAUGCUUUCAAUUGUUGAAUUUUUCUACUUUUUUACUAUCCGGAUUUUUUGGGUCAUUGCGUUGAUCUUUUCAGUCACUUGCACGUCAAUUUUGAUCGGAAAAGUUGUCAUUAAAGUUUUAAACUUUCCAAUUGUUGCUUAUUUGUCUGAUCAGUCAGUUCCGUUGUCUGAGAUAAACUUUCCGGCAGUCACAAUUUGCCCGAAACUGCAGCCGUUUUUCGUCAAAGAUUAUAAACUUCAAAAAUAUUACAAAUAUGAAAAACACUCAAUUGAGGAAUAUUUCUUAGAAAAUGAAGAAUAUUUACAGGAAACUGAGGAUGAGAGGAAAUUUGGCAACAUUUCUUAUGUCGAAUUCUUAGACAGGAUUGAUAAUGGAAGCAUUAAGCCUAAAAAACUUGCCAUCAAACUCCUCAAGCGCCUUCAAGUCAUUGAUUUAGUCACAAAUCGUGGAACAUUUCAAAACCUAAAUAUUUCGAUCCCAACUGACGACUUCCUCGACAUCCUCAAUCAAUUUCCAAAACAAUUUCGUGAGACAAUUUCAAUCGUUUUUUACUGGAUCAAUCAACUUCAGUUCUACAUGUCAGAAGUAAUCACACCAUGGGGCUUGUGCUUCACAUACAACAUCGCAUUCAGUCAUGACUUACUUAAUCUAAAUUCAACAUCUGAUGACUUUCACUAUCAGCAUUUUCACAGGACAAGAAACCACAAAUCCAAAAAUAAUCGAUUGCCAUCAAGUUUCCCAAAAUCUGUUUCAACAUCAAAUGCUGGAUUGUGGGUUGGAUUUACGAGAAAAAUAAGCUUAAAUGAAGGCAUUCAAAAUGAUUUUAUCGGAUUUAAAGUUAUUUUACACAAUCCACUUGAGUUACCAUCCAAAAACUCUAAAGUUAUCAAUUUUAAUGAACAAUUUCAAAGUGAAAUUAAAGUUGAUGCACAAGUAAAUUCAAUUGAUGAGGCACUUUAUGGAUAUGAGCCUGCUGAACGGAACUGCUACUUGGAAAACGAGAAAAUCCUGAAAUUCUUCAAAGUCUACACGAGAAACAACUGCAAGAAUGAAUGUCUGACUGAUUUCAUGCUCAGUCGUUGUGGCUGCGUUGAAUUCUUCAUGAUUCGAAAUUCUUCAACUCGAAUUUGUUCUGCUAAUGAGCAAAGUUGCUACAAAAAAGCUACAGAUGACUUUAAGGAACAGAAAAGUGAUUGUGGAUGUCUGUUGCCUUGCAAUUAUGUCAAAUAUGAUUUUGAGCUGAAUCGUUUUGGAAUUGCUGAAGAUUUUGGACUUAUUAGUGAUCUACAGCGUGGUUUUAAAAUACGUUACAAAUCUAGUGUCUUUAACCAGCUUAUACGCAAGAAACAGUUCAAUGAGCUCGAUUUUCUGUCAUUUGUUGGCGGAAUUUUGGGACUUUUUGCUGGAUUUUCAGCACUUUCAUUUGUUGAGCUCAUUUAUUGGUUCACAAUUCGAGUUGUCAUCAAAAAUUGUAGAAUAGGACUCAAGCAAGUCAAUCCAGAAGUUGAGAAUGAUCAAAAUGAAUCCAACAUGACUAAAAUCAGAGAUUCGAUGCUGUCGUAUUUCAAUGAAUCGUCAGUCCACGGACUAAAUCACAUCAUUGAGCUUUCAAAAAUUGGCUACAAAUCGAGCAUCUUUUGGACAUUUUUUACAAUGUCUGCAAUGACGCUUUGUGUCCAUUUAAUGCUCGGUGCACGUGAAAAGGUUCCAAACAGUAGAAUUAUCGCUUAUGAUGAUAAUUACAAGUUUGUUGAUAAUGUAACUAUCACAAUUGUUCCAUCAUUUACAAUUCCCAGAGAAUGGAUACAAACGAAAACGUGGACGCUUAUAGCACAUUAUGCACCUUAUGGAAAAUCGCUUUUAAACAACAAAGCUACUAAAGAACCAUUCAAAAGGGGUUUAACGCAUUUUCAUUUUUGCAUGGACAGAUAUGAAGGAUACAAGUUUGGCUACACAUUCAGUUUUGUGCCAUAUCUCUUUACAGUUUUAAAGAUGAACUCAAAAGUUGAUUGGUUUCGUGACCAAUUUUCAUCAUUUAAUGGCAAAUAUCAGCCAGAAUUUGCAGAAAUUCGAACAUCCAGAGGCAUGGGAUUCACAUUUAACAUGAUUGAUGCUGGUGAGAUGUUCAACUUUGAUCAAGCGGAUCAAGCAGAACUUAUAUUGCAGUUUAAACCACCAACAGAUGGAAAAUGGCCGUGUCUAAUUGAUUCUCUUCUCGUUCAUGAUCCUGACUUUUUACCAACAUUCAGUUCAAGAUUUUUUUGGAUCGUUGCGUUGGCUGGUUCUGCUGUUUGUAGCUCAAUUUUGAUCUUUCAGCUUGUCAUUAAAAUGCAAAAUUUACCAAUUAUUGUCUUUCUUUCGGAUCAAUUAGUUUUCGUGUCUGAGUUGAACUUUCCAGCCAUCACAAUUUGCCCACAUGUCCUGCCAUUUAUAAGGAAAACAUUUUGUACAAAAAUUAAGAGCGAAUGUUACUUUCGAUAUGAAAAACACACUUUAGAGACAAGUUUCUAUGAGAUACAAGAAUAUUUAAAUGAAUUUGAAGACGAGAUGAAGUUCGGGAAUUUUAGUUAUUUGGACAUACUUACUAAAAUUGAGGAUGAAACCAUCAAACUUGAACAAUUAGGAAUUAAGCUUCUUAAACGCUUACAAGUCAUCGAUCUCGUCACAAAUCGUGGAACAUUCCAAAAACUAAAUUUUUUGAUUCCAACAGAUGACUUUCUUGACGUGAUUAACGAAUUUGCUAAAGAAUUCAUCAUAACUUCAACUUCAAUGAACUUUGAAUGGAUCAAGGAACUCAAAUUGUUUGGCAAUGAAGUUAUCACACCUUGGGGCUUGUGCUUUACAUUUAAUAUGGCCCAUAGUCGUGAUAUGUUGAAUCUUAAUAUAACAUCCAGUGACUUUCAUUAUCAAUAUACAGCAGCAAUUGCACCAGAUUAUGAAAAAUUCGUUCAUCAAUUAUCUGAACCCAUUCCAAGGAAAAUUUCAACAAUUAAGGCAGGCUUUUUUGCUAAUAUUAUGCCAAAUUAUCAAGACUUCGAACAAGCUAUUGAGGAUGAUAUUGAUGGAUAUUUAUUCAUUAUUCAUGAUCCUUAUGAAUUACCAUCAAGGAAUGCAAAGUCAUUGAGAGCAAAACUGUUAUUCCGAACUAAUGUUAUACUUGGACCAUUAUUGAAUGAAAUUGAUGAGUCACUUCAUGAUUAUGAGCCUGUGGAACGCAACUGCUACUUGGAAAACGAAAAAGUCCUGAAAUUCUUCAAAGUCUACACGAAAAAUAACUGCGAGAAUGAAUGUCUGACUGAUUUCAUGCUCAGUCGUUGUGGCUGCGUUGAAUUCUUCAUGAUUCGAAAUUCUUCAACUCGAAUUUGUUCAGCAAAUGAGCAAAGCUGCUACAAGAAAGCUGAAGAUGACUUUGAGGAACAGAAAAGAGAUUGUGAUUGUUUUAAUCCUUGCGAUUAUGUUGAAUAUAAUUUUGAAGCCACAGAAACAGUUAUGGAUGUAAAUUAUCCCGUUCUAUCUGAUUUUGAUGAGUUCAACAUUAAAUCCUUGGAUGUUUUGAUAAAUUUUAACCAAGAGACUUACAAUCCACUAAUCCGAAAGCAGCAGUACACAACACUCGAUUUAUUGUCAUUUGUUGGUGGAAUUUUGGGACUUUUUGCAGGAUUUUCAGCACUGUCGUUCAUUGAACUGAUUUAUUGGUUCACAAUUCGAGUUUUUAUUGUCAAUUUUAAUGUUGUGGACACAAAAGUUUAUACUUUAAAUCAAAACGAUCAAAAGAAGUCACAAUUUAAGGAAUUUUUUAAAACUUUCUUCAGCGAAUCGUCAAUUCAUGGACUUAAUUAUAUUAAUAAAUUUACUCGACUUGAUAGCUUCUUCUGGAUCAUUUUUAUAAUUUCUGCAAUGACAUGCUGCAUCUAUUUGACAUUAAGUGUGAAUGAUAAAGUUCCAGAUAGCUUGGUCUUAGCUUUCGAUGACAAUUUAAAACCUAUUAAUGAUAUUUCAUUUCCAGCAGUAACAAUAACACCUGCUUAUACUGUCCCUUUAGAAUGGGUAGAAUCUGAAACUUUGUUCGACAAGUUUUACAAUCGCGAGUACGUUAGCAAUAUUAAAGUUGAAAAGGAAUUAACAUCAUUCAAAAGGAUCAGCUCAGACUUCAACUACACCAGAAACAUCACAACAAAGUCAGCAAGCCUAACCAACAUCCCAAAAUCCAUGAAAUAUCCUCUAAAAUUUAACAAACUAGACCAAGCAGCCUUUACGCUAAAGCUUAACAGAGUCCCAGGAGAAUAUUGGGAGUGCAUUAAACAGUCAUUCAUGAUUCAUAGUUCUGAUGACUUUCCAACAUUUAAUCCAAGACGAAAUUUCAUUCCUUACGAUUAUGACAAAAGUGUGGACGUGAUUGUGUCUGUUGAGAUUACAAAAACAGAAGAGAAUCUUAAGAAGUUGGCACCAAUUGACCGCGAAUGCUACUUUGAAGGCGAAAGAUCACUAAACUUUUUUAAGAAAUAUACACAAAAGAAUUGUGACAUUGAAUGCUUCACAAACAUAACAUUAAAGAGCUGUGGAUGUGUGGACAUUGAGCAGCCUUUCAUAACUCAGGAUCAAAUUUGUUUAAAUGCAUCAAGAUAUCCUGAUGAUUGUGUUUUAAUGCUGCAACAUACUUUAUAUGAACUCGAAUAUUAUUCAUCAGAAGAGAACUGCUCGUGCCUGCCAUUGUGCAACUCAAUCAGCUACAACAUCAAAUAUUAUACAAAGCAUGAAUCAGGUGGGAAUGAGACAACAAUAAAUGUGAGAAUGAACAUGGACGACAUCGUUUUGUUCCGAAGAUAUCAGCAAUUUACAUUCUCGGAUGUUGUUUCUUAUGUCGGUGGACUUUUGGGACUUUUUGCUGGCAUUUCAAUGCUUUCAAUUGUUGAAUUUUUCUACUUUUUUACAAUUCGACUCGGGGUUAAUUUGUGGAGGAUGUUGAGGGGUGAUGAGGAUCUAAAUCAUUAA